GCCAGACUCAGUUCCCUUGCUAGAAAUCGGGCGCUCCUGCCAUCUGGCUCUCAUCAAUGAUAAAGAACGGGUCUGUUUCACGAUGAUGCUGGACCGACACCAACCUCAAUAGGACGCCACAACGGCUCAAUUUGUGCCUGACACAGGCACACGACAGGCAACUCUCCGAAGCACGCGGUCGCACGAUGUCGAGACGUUCAUGGACAAACGUGAGGAAACAGGUUGGUCGAGCUCGCAUGACAAGUGGCUUGCGCGGUGGUGCACCACCGCAUCUACAGGCGAGACAGAACACAGCCUACUGGCCCGAUAUGGACACUCACACGACAGGUGGAAUUCAAAUUGCAGCAAGGCAUCACGAAAGCCCGCCUUUGCCCACCCAGCUGCUGGCGUGAGAAGCGAGAAGCGAGUCGUUCCUAGCUCUCUCAUCACUCAUUGCUGCCUGCUCUCUCGACUCCGCCGCGGAUCCUGCUGCUUGCUGCAAGCUCACCUUCGCUCUUCACGCCGUUUUGCCCGCCGGUCCAGGUCCAGAGUCCGCAUAUCAGCAAGGAUGUGCAGAUCCACCUUUGGAGCCCGAGCGAGCAGGUACUCGGCCUGUGUUGCCGAGACUGCCAACGCUUCAGUUCCGCCUUUUCGCGCUAAUGCGCGAGGUCGUCUGAGCUUCAAUCUGAGCGGGCAAACGACUGCCGCGCAGAUAACACCAAAAGACCCUGGGAAGCCCUGCGCUUUGCCUUACGUGCUUUACUCUUCGGAUCCCUGCCGAAUAGGCAGACUGACAAACCGCAUGGUCUCACUUCAAUUGGCGGAAGUGCUUGCGCUCCCAUGCCAUCCAGGGAUCUGCCUUGCUUCUGCGGGCUCACACUCCUUGUGUAUACCGCCGUCCGCAGGAACACAGCAGAAGUGUCGCUGAAUCGCACUUCUUCUUCCUAAUGAUCGCUUUGGGAGCUGGCACCAGCAGUGCGGCUUCAGCCGGAGGCGUGGUGCUCUCGAGUUGCUGAAAUCGUUCGUUGCCACUAUCUCGAUCGAAAUGUGGCCCUGCAGAGCUCUUGGAGUCACAAGUCCACUCAAUGAGUAUUCGGUGCCUCGGUCGUCCGACUUCACUGGCGAGGAAAGUCGAGUGGAACGAACGCCUUAGCUUGGGGCAGCACGCGAUGACUGGCCGGCAGGAUUCACUGCAGAGGAAGAACCACGAGGUCCGUUCUUGACUUGUCGGUGCAAGUCUCGGUGGA